AUGUGGCCCUUUUCAGAAGCCUACCCUGAGCGCAAGGUCGGCGAUGUCGAUGGCGAGACGUUUGACUACAUUGUCGUGGGAGGCGGCACCGCAGGCUCCGUUGUAGCCUCGCGCCUGUCGGAAGACCCGUCGGUCUCGGUCCUGCUCCUCGAGCGCGGCCCGCUCAAGGACGUCUUCAUGUCCCGCAUACCCCUGCUCUCGCAAAACUUCACCAGUUCGUGGUCCACGGGCGUCCAGGACCGCUUCUCGGAGCCUAUUGCUGGGUACAACGACCGGCGAUUGCAACUGUCGGGCGGCGAGGGUCUGGGCGGCACAUCGCGGCUGAACGGCCUGCUGGUGACGCGCGGCGCGCCAGGUGGUUACAACGAGUGGGCCAGCGACUUGGGGCUCGACGGCUGGGCAUGGGACGACAUCGAGCCGUAUUUUGAGCGGAUGGAGGCGGCGGUCGACCGACGCGACGCAGAUCACCGCGGACAGGAAGGCAGGCAAGGCAAAGCACAUGGCGCCAGCUUUGAAAAGGCGUGCAAGGCUGUCGGCCUGCCCGUUGAGACCGAUUGCAAUGCGCCCGCCGCCAGUGCCCAGGGUUACUUCUCCUUGGAUGCCGCCGUCUACCAGGACGGCACUCGCGUCUCUGCCUACCGCGCGUACCUCAACAAGCGCAUUGCCCUCGAGAGACGCGGCCGCCUGACCAUCUGCACCGAGGCGCUGGUCACCAAGCUCGAGCUCAACGACGGCGUCGUUCCGGACAGCGAUUCGGCCGAUGCCAGAGCCACCGGUGUCUACGUCGCCUCGGCGCCGACCGACCAGGACGAAAUCGGCAAGCCUGUCCUCGUUAAAGCCCGCCGCGAGAUUAUCGUCUGCGGCGGCGCCUUCCGCACCCCCCAGCUGCUCCUGCUCAGCGGUCUCGGCCCGCGCGCCCAUCUGCAGGAGAAAGGCAUCCCCGUCGUCCGCGACCUGCCCGCUGUCGGCCAGCAUCUGUCAGACCACUUUGGCAUCCCCAUCAUGAUCCAGCUGCCCGUCAUGGACACGGCGCACUCGGUGAUCGAGAAGCCCCUGGUCGGCAUUCGCAGCUUUGUCGAGUAUUUGUGGAGCGGAUCCGGCCUGCUGUCGAUGCCGAGCAACACGACGACCAUUUUUGCGCGCACGACGGCCAUGGACGAGACGACGUACCGCACGAGCGAAACGCCCGCCCUCAACGAUGCGACGCGGCCCGGCAACGUCCCCGACGUCGAGCUUAUGCUGAUUCCAGUGAAUGCCAUCAACCUGGAAGCCAUCGGCUGUGCGCCCCAUGCGGCAACGCAGGGACGCGGGUUCCUCACGCUGUACACGACCAUGGUCCAGCUGCGCACGACGGGCCACCUGGAACUGGUGUCGACGACGGACCCCAAGGCGCACGCACGGGUGCACUACCCGGAGAUGGUGGACGACGACGGCGUCGGCAAGGACGACUGGGCGGCCGUUCGCCGCGCCGUGCGCUUCACGAUGCGCCUGGCCGACGAGUUUGUCCAGAAUUCGGGCUACCCGCAGAAGCCUGCAGCCAUACUGUUUGGGCCCGGCAUGGACAUGGACAUCCUGCGCGACGUCACCAAGGGCCGCCCAGGCGAGCGGCAAACCACGCCCACGGCGACUGCGCCCACGCCAUCGGAGUCGGGCGACAUUCAGCCACUCGAAAAGACGUGGAAGACGGUCACGGACGCCGAAAUCGACGCCUAUGUCCGCGAGACUGGUCAGACCGGCCUGCACUUUUGCUGCACGGCGCGCAUGGCCCCGACGGCCAAGGACGGUGUCGUCGACGCACGCCUCAAGGUGCACGGUGUGUCGGGCCUGCGGAUUGCCGAUGCGAGUGUCUUCCCGCGCAUUCCGAGCGGGCACACCAUGGUGCCGUCACUGAUGGUGGGCGAGCGGUGCGCAGACUUUAUCAAGGCUGCGUGGGCGGGACAAUGA